AUGGUGGCCGAUUUGUACUAUAGAUAUAACAUAGACGCCCUACUGGGACCAGCCUGUCCGUAUGCCCUCGACCCCGUGGCUCGUCUGGCUAACUACUGGAAUAUCCCGGUCAUCACAGGUCUCGGGGAUGGUGGCAUGUUUAAGAACAAGACGAGUUAUCCAACCCUAACGAGACUUGCCUACUGUCAGUGUAGGUUACGCAAGGUACUCGGCAGUGUUUUCGAGGAAUUUCACUGGACAGAUGUAGCCAUUGUUUAUGACAUCAAUGAUGUUCAUUCGGAAGUUCUCGGGUCUACUUUGAAGGUCGGUCUCCAAAAGCAAAAAAUCUAUCCUUAUAUGUUUCCCUAUUAUGGCAAGGAUGAUCCGGAUUUCACAGCUAUCAUGAAGGAAGUCGCCAUGGUUACUAGGGUGAUCGUCCUCGUGACGCCCGGCGAUUCCGUUCGGAAAUUUAUGCUAUCGGCUCUUGACCUUGGCUUUAUAGCAAGCGGAGAAUUUGUUUUCUUUGAUAUUCAUCUGUUCCCCUUCCCUGGAAAAUACUGGGGAAACCACGACUGGCAAAGAGGCGACUCACGUGACCAGGAUGCACGGAAAGCAUAUGAGGCUAUGUUUAGGAUCAGUCUUCAAGUCCCAACGAGUGCCGAAUGGAUGAACUUUACGGAAGAGGUCAAGUUGAAAGCGUGGCAAAUGUAUAAUUUCUCAUUUCAUGACGAGGAGGUAAACUUUUUUAUCGGAGCGUUCCAUGACGCGGUGUUGUUGUACGGAAUGGCUCUAAACGAGAGCUUAAACAACAUCGACCACUCCAUCAUCAAAGAUGGCUACACGUUCACAAGAAGUAUGUGGAACAGGACAUUCCAAGGUGUUACCGGCAGUGUGAUUAUUGACGACAAUGGGGAUCGCGAAACCAGCUAUUCUAUCCUUGACCUUGAUCCUAACACCGGAGAGUUCCAUGUUAUUGCCAAUUUCUUUGGAGACCGGCAGUGGUAUAAUCCUGUUCCAACCAAGACAGUUCAUUGGGCGGGGGACAGGACCGUACCCCCUCUCAACACACCCAAAUGUGGUUUUCAGGGAGACAACCAAGAAUGUUUCAAAAAUGAUUAUUCCACCAAACUCACCUACGUCAUUGCUGCUAUAUCCACCAUUCUCUUCAUCAUCCUAUCUGCCGCUAUCAUCCUCUUUCGACACCUUAAGAAGGAGCGAGACCUACAGAACAUGGCCUGGAUGAUUAGGUAUGACGACAUAAACUUCCACGCCGAUGGCUACAGUAUGUCGGUAGGAUCGGUGCCCAGCUAUAUUGACUCAUCUAUGUCCCAGAGGUCCUCUCGAUUUAAUGCUGACCUGGCCGGGAUACAAUGGUUAGCUGGAUUCGCUACAUAUAUGGGGUCACCUGUGUCAGUCACAAUGGUGAGACAGAAGAAGCUAGAUCUGACGAGAAACGUACUGAAGGAACUGCAACAGGUGCGGUCCAUGCCACACGAGAACCUGACCAGGCUGAUAGGGGUCGGUGUAGAACCCAACAAAAUCUGCAUUGUCCAUGAAUUCUGCAUGAGGAUGUAUUAG